AUGGACUCGCUGUACAACUGGAAUGACUCGACCAAGAUCGGGGUGGCCUUUACCGGCCUUGGUAUGUUCUUCACCUUUAUGGGGAUCGUGAUGCUCCUGGACAGCAUUCUUCUCACAAUGGGGAACUUCUUGUUUGUAGCCGGUGUGGCGAUGGUCAUGGGACCGCGGCGGUGCAAGGCGUUCUUCAUCGCGCGCCAGCGCGCAUCUGCGUGCUUCUUUCUGGGCAUUUUGUUUGUGGUUCUCCGUUGGUGUUUUAUUGGGCUGUGCAUUCAAGGCUUUGGCGCGCUGAACCUAUUCGGCAACUUUUUCCCUGUACUAGUGCGCGUGCUGGAGUCUGCCCCUGUCAUUGGCCCUAUAAUCUUAUCCGCCCCGGUCCAGAAAGUGUUGUCUCUCAUGCAUGUCAACGAUGUGCGAAACCUGCGGAAUGUUUAG